CAUCAUCGCGAAAAAGUGAUUGCGAAACUGUGUCCAGAGAACAGAUGAAGGUUGCGUGGUCUUCUCACUUUUUUGCUUUGUCUUAGAGAGUUUUGUUGUCAGGGACUAGACAAAGACUUCGUUGGGAAGAUGGUGAAAUGGUUUACAAUUUGCUGGAAUAGAAUAAAUGUUGAUUUUGUUUAACGGAACCACCACCAACUUUUCAAAUCCAGACAAUUCAGAAAUCACCGAUUUAGUGCUUGGGAGGCGUGAGGGGAGACAUGGGCAGCUUCAAGGGUCACGCGUUGCCGGGGGCGUUCUUCCUGAUUGUCGGGCUGUGGUGGGCAGGGAAGUACUCCCUCUGGAACACCACCCGCAGGAACAAGAGCCUGGGUUCCACCCGCCUGGCCAACAGGGCAACACAGCGGCGUCUAGAGCUGAUGGAAGGGUCUGUCGUCCUCUUCUUCUCUGUGGUCGGGAUGUUGGCGGAGCAGUUUGCGGCGCAGGGUCCUAGGCUCCACCUGUACGACUACACGGAGAAGCACUGGGAGUGCCUGAUGAACUGGCAGCACGCCACCAUGUACCUGUUCUUCGGGCUGGCGGCGGCCAUGUCUCUGGUCGUGCACGGCACAGGGGCCGCCCCCGUGGCGCUGGACAGGAUGAUGCUGGCCCUGGCGUUCUUCACCGAGGGAUUCCUCUUCCUGUACCACCUCCAUGGCAGGUCGAUGCUGGACGUCCACGUCCACCAGCUGUUGCUCUACGCCAUCUUUGGCUCGGCCCUCACGGCCUUCCUGGAGGUCUUCCACCGAGGGAACAUCCUUCUGGAGCUCCUGCGAUGCAGCCUGACCCUGCUACAGGGGAGCUGGUUCUGGCAGAUUGGAUUUGUGCUGUAUCCUCCCAACGGACCUGAGUGGGACCUGAAGGAUCACAGCAACAUGAUGUUCAUCACCAUGUGCUACUGCUGGCACCUGGCCUUUGCCCUGCUCACCGUGGGUGUGGUCUACUGCACCGUCAGCUGUGUGGUGGGCUCCAGAUUGAAAAGGACUCCACCCAUGGAGAUGGGACUGCUGAAGCCCAAGGAAAGAGACCCAGAAUCAGAGGAGGAGAUUCUAUAAAGGCCUAUGUGUCUGUCUACCUGUCUGUCUGUCUAUCUGUCUGUCUACCUGUCUGUCUAUCUGUCUGUCGAUCUACCUGUCUAUCUCUUACAGAGUACCAAAUUCUGGGUGAUUCAAUGGUGAUUCGACACAAGGAAUCCCACCUUGACAACCCGUAGCCGGCCCAUGCGCCUCCAGGGAUUCACAGCCAGAGAUGAGAACCAAACAGAACCAAAUCUAAACAAUUUGUAUUAUUUUUCCAUAGAAAAUUUGAGUCUGUAUUCUCUUUUUUAUGCUCAGGCCUGGCAUCAUUGUCCGUGAGGCAUAUCUUAUUUAUACUAAUUCAUGCUACUGCACGUAUUUCAUGAAGCUUUGUACUGCGAAAGUACGGGGCUAAAGUUUUAAUGUGUUAAAUGACCUGUCAUGUGAUGGAGUUGAGUGAGUAUCUAAACAAACAGGGAUGUUUUUUGCCACAGUUUUUGUAGCAGUGCCAUGUGUGGUGAUGACAGGUAUUACGUGUUGUACAUUCAUUACAUUUAUUCAUUUAGCAGACGCUCUUAUCCAGAGCGUCAUUAGGUCAUUCUAAGCAAAUACUUGAAACUGGUAAAAAAAAAAGUUGCAUCUGCAGUUUUGUCUACUGAGACAAAUAUUAAGAUUGCUGGAAGUUUAUGGUUCCUUCUCAUCCCUUCCAGUGGAAACAGUGUAUUUGACGAGUAGACACAAACAUGCAUUUCAAUUUUUUUGUAAACGUAAUCUAAAACAUGUUCAUUGAUCAAAUGAGUGAUUAAUGAUAAAACCAAUUAAUUGUUUAUCAUCAAACUCAGAAUUCUUGCUUUAUUUUCCAUAAUGUAGUUUUCUGUCAGUCCCAUCCUACACUACGCAACCUGAACAAGCUGUCACUAAAAGCAAUAACCUGCCAAAGGAUAUUAUGUGCAAUUUGGGACAUAUUUUGAAUUGAUGUAUUUAUUUUAUCAUCUGAAUUUUGAUAUAUAUAUAUGAUAGUUUUUUUUUUUAACAGAUUUUACUUGUGGUUGUACAUUUGUCAAUAUCUGAUCUGGAUUUUAACCGCUAUACUUUUUGACUUUGAUCAUCUUAUGAUCUUCAAGUAGGCUAAUUGUUGUAUGUCAGUUACUGAGUUUGUUAUAUAUGCGUCAACUUUUCAUUAAAGCCAUGUUUUAAUUUCAAAUC